AUGCCUAUAGACGAAGCCAUGCAUUUCAUUAAAUCAAUUCCAUCUAUUGAGUAUCUCCAAUAUCAUUUGGGCAUGUAUGCUUCUCGAUGCCCUCUCGCUGGCUCAAAGACAGACAAAUCACUGACUGAGUGGACAAAAGAGAGCUGGAUUCGAUACGGUAUCAAAGACACCCACAUCGAGACGUAUUAUCCAGUCCUCAACUACCCACAACAAAGACGCGUUGCCCUAUUGAGAAAUAGUACUGUUGUCUAUGAAGCGACAUUAGGCGAGGCAAAAGGAGACGGCAUGCCUCCAUUUCAUGCCUAUUCUGCAAAUGGAAACGUUACUGCUCCUGUUGUUUAUGUGGAUUAUGGUCGAUGGACAGACUUUCAGUUCUUAAGUAUACGAGGAAUUGAAUUGAAUGGUACGAUUGCAUUAGUGAGAACAGGUGGAGACAUCACACACGGACUUAAGAUCAAGAUGGCUGAAAAGUUUGGUUGCGUUGGUGUACUUGUGUUUCCUGAUCCUGAGAAUUCCCGCGAUGUGUUGGAUCGAGUAGAGAAGGGUUCAGCUCAAUACGGCUAUUAUUCAGUAGGAGACCCUUUUACUGUUGGUUAUCCUGCAAUAGAGAACGCAACGUAUACACCAUUUGAAAAGGCUAAAAAUAUACCCAAGAUACCUUCGUUACCCAUAUCUUUGAAAGACGCAUUGCCUAUUUUAGAAGGACUUGAGGGAAAUGGCAUUCAAAAGAUAACAGGUCCUUGUUAUUUUAGUGGCCCUAGUAAAGCAGCUGUGAAUUUAGUGAACAUCAAUGACUAUAAAGCAAGACCUAUUUGGAAUGUUGUUGGCCGAAUCAAAGGGCAUGCUGAACCUCAAAGAGCGAUUAUUGUAGGUCAUCAUCGAGAUGCUUGGGAUGAUGGUGCAGUGAAUCCAUCUACUGGUUCUGCUGUUUUGACAGAAUUAGUGAGAACACUCGGGAUAUUGCUUGAAAAAGGGUGGAAACCAAGACGUACGAUUAUUAUUGCUUCAUGGGAUGCACAGAAAUAUGGUUCAGUGGGAUCUACAGAAUGGGUAGAGCACCACAAGGCGUGGCUGCAAGAAGAAGCCGUCGCCUAUUUAAAUGUGGAUAAUGCUGUUUCUGGCAAAUAUUUUACUGCGCAGGCAUCGCCUUUACUUAAUCAACUCUUGUAUCAAGUAACACAUCAAGUUCAAGAUCCCGAUACAGGCGAUUCCAUAUACACAGUAUGGAAAUCACAGCAUGAAGCCCUUCAGGACAAGCAUGUUUAUUUCACAUCAUUUGCUGACACUCAGGAAAAUAAAUCAGUCUCAUUGACUAAGCUAUUGACUACAGAUGCAGAUCAUACUGCCUUCUUUAGCCACCUUGGGAUCUCUAGUCUCUCUAUAGGAUUUAAAAACAAGGUUCAUGGCAUGCAACACGGCCUUUAUGGUACCAUAGACCGAGCAGAUGUAUCUUAUUCGACGCUUCAAUAUCAUCAAGCACUCACUCAGCUAUGGGGCUUACUUGCCCUUCGGCUUUCUUCCGAUCGUUUGCUGCCACUGAACCCUCACGAUUAUGCAUUGGAGAUGAACCAUAGUAUUCACAAGAUCAGCGCAUACAAAGGCUGCUCAGGGUUUUCUUCUAUUUCUCUUUCGCUGCGUGCAUUGACUACCACUAGUGUUGAGUUCAAGACACAGAUGGAUGACUGGCACCAGCAAUUGCUUGUCAAAAAGCACUACUCUAGAAAGCUCAAGCAACAAAUAGCUCAAGCCAAUCAGCGUCUUUUGGAAUUUGAAAAAGCGUUCAUUGAUCCACACGGAUUGAGUAGCGACAGACCAUGGUUCAAGCAUCUUAUCUAUGGUCCUGAUCUGAGUACAGGUGAAACUGUUGCAUUCCCAAGCUUGAUGGACGUUAUUGAAAAUGAUGAUUUUAUCUUUAUGCAACGAGAAGAAAAGCGUAUUAGCCAUGCCAUCCAUCAUGCUCAAACACUACUACUUUCAUAA